GAGUCAACUUAGAACAGAACCAGAGAGGUGAUGGCUGCUAUAUAUAGGGAGAGAACCAGGUCUUGACUUUAUUACUGCUAUUCUAACAUACGGAGUAGUAGAGAGAGGAAAUAGAGAGAUUUUUCACAAGAAAGAGACGAACCGAGCUAAAUGUGAGGUCGUUAUUCCCAGAAACAGUGAAGACCUAGUACUAUUAUCUUACUUUCUCCUCACUUCUUUCCCAUCUCUAGUCUAAAUAUUCAAAUCUACAAAUAUUUUAGUGGAGGCUCUCGCCACCUCCACUUGUUCGCUUCUUCUUCUUCUUCUUCUUCUUCUCAUUCUCUCUCUAGCUUUUGUGAGAGAGCGAGAGAGCCGCACAAUUGAAACCCUCGUGUAAGCACCAUUUGGGUCUCCAAUGGCGAGUUGGGUCUUGUCAGAAUGCGGCAUUAGACCUCUCCCCAAAGCAUUCCCAAGACCCAGAACAGGUUUUACCAGCCCUAACCAGGCAAAAAUUGAUUCUUUACCCUCAAAUUGGAAAUUUUCAUAUCGAAAAUCCCCUGCAAACUCCACUGCAACUGGGUUUUCUGGAGAGAGAAAGGGGGUGCUAAACGUGAGUGCUCCAUUGAAGGUUGCGACUGUUGAUGGGGAUGAGAGAAGUGAGAGAAUCAAUGGUGAGGUUGAUAUCGAUCCGGGCUCGCCGCCGCCGUUCAAACUGGCCGAUAUCAGGGCCGCCAUUCCGAAGCAUUGUUGGGUGAGGGAUCCGUGGAGGUCUAUGAGUUAUGUGGUGAGGGAUGUUACUGUUGUUUUUGGUUUGGCCGCAGCUGCUGCUUUUCUGAACAAUUGGCUUGUUUGGCCUCUUUAUUGGGCUGCUCAGGGCACCAUGUUCUGGGCUCUCUUUGUUCUUGGCCAUGAUUGUGGUCAUGGAAGCUUUUCAAGCAAUCCCAAGCUGAAUAGUGUGGUUGGCCACCUUCUACAUUCUUCCAUUCUCGUGCCUUACCACGGAUGGAGAAUUAGCCAUAGGACUCAUCAUCAGAAUCAUGGUCAUGUUGAGAACGAUGAAUCGUGGCACCCAUUGUCUGAGAAAAUUUUCAAUAGUUUGGAUACAAUAACCCAAAAUUUGCGGUUUACAGUUCCUUUCCCCAUGUUGGCAUAUCCCUUUUACCUGUGGAGUAGAAGUCCUGGGAAAACUGGUUCCCACUUCCAUCCGAACAGUGACUUGUUUGUCCCAAGUGAGAAGAAAGAUGUGAUCACUUCCACUAUAUGUUGGACAGCAAUGGCUGGUUUCCUUGUGGCAUUAUGUUUCAUGAUUGGUCCUGUUCCAAUGCUUAAACUCUAUGGCAUUCCCUAUUGGGGGUUUGUAAUGUGGCUGGAUUUCGUAACCUACUUGCAUCACCAUGGCCAUGAAGACAAACUUCCUUGGUAUCGCGGAAAGGAAUGGAGUUACCUGAGGGGAGGACUGACCACUCUAGAUCGCGACUACGGAUGGAUCAACAACAUCCAUCAUGAUAUCGGAACUCAUGUGAUUCAUCAUCUCUUUCCUCAAAUCCCACACUAUCACUUGAUAGAAGCAACUAAAGCUGCCAAACCAGUACUUGGGAAGUAUUACCGCGAGCCCAAGAAAUCCGGACCUCUACCGUUCCACCUCAUUAGGAAUUUGAUAAUGAGCUUGAAAAAGGACCACUACGUUAGUGACACAGGGGAUGUUGUGUAUUACCAAACAGACCCUAAGCUUAGUGGCUCUACUAUAUCAGAGUGAAGAUUUGAAAGUAGAGAAAGGCUGGUUUCAAAGCUAUAUAACCCAGAACAGCUGCAAUGGAACGUUUGUGGUUACCUUAGCUUAUUGAUUCUGAAGGAAGAGAAAGGGAGAGAUGCAAAACAGGCAGAGUUUAUUGCAGUUGCCUUGUUUAAAGCAUCACACACAAAAAUGUAUUGAGGGUCGAAGGGUAUUUUGGCCAUUGAUGUUGUUGUAGUUAACUAAUGAUGUAUAUUUAUUGUUUCUUAAUAGGAAAUGAAGUAAUCUCUUCAAAAAAUUGGUCAUCUAUUACUUAGAUGAAAUUCCAAUCAGAAGGAAAUUUGGGCAAAUGGUAUGUAAAUGGUUUUCUUUUUCGGUUUUGAUCUAUGCGGACAACAUGGAGUAGUAGUGAUUAUAUUAUUAAGGCUAAUGUGGAUGCCUUUAGGACCAUGAAUUAUUGUUUUCUGCAUAGGUUGUGGUUGGCAGGAAGCAGAAAAAGAUGAGUACAAAAGAAAGUUCAUGAUAUGGCUUUGUUGGGGAUGCUAGGUCCACCCUGCGACGACCAUGAAUUAUGUUGUUUUCCAUGUUAGGGCAAGAGAACACACAAACUUUCAAGGGUGUUGUGGUGUGAGCAUAUACAUGCAAUAGGCCAUUCUUUCUUUCUUUCUUUGUGUCUGUCUGUCUGUCUGUCUUCUUAUUUCUCAAUUUCACUGUUAUUAAAUCCUUUGCUGCUUAACCUCAUCAAUUUCAAUGAGUUGGACUCAUUCGUUAUUUC